AUGAGUCAAAAGACGGAAGAAGACAUUAAGAGGGAGAGAUAUCUUGCAGAGAAAAACUCGGAGACUGUUGUGUGCCCAUUCAAUCCUGCGCACGUUGUGAAGAAGAGGAAAUUCAAUAAACACAAAGCAGGGUGCCCUGAUAACCCAGCGAAAAACCCAACGUUUGGGAAGUCGUAUAUGAACCCUAAUUGUAACAUUGAUUUAACACUUUUUGAGGCAAAAGUAGAACGAAAUAUUCGGACAGAAACACUUCUGCCAUUUCUUGACAACAGCUUUUUCGACGGGUUCUGCGACGAAAGCAAAAAGUCGCAAUUUUACACGUGCAAGUGCUCGACACUGACCCUCAAUUUAUUCACAGAAAGCGCGCUGAGGGUAUUGGUCCAACGGGUGUACACGUUGUAUACCAAUGUCAAAGAGAUGUACAAUGACAUUUUGGCGCCGAUAGACGAGAACGUUGAUUUGAAUUGUCAAGAGGAGAAAGUGGAGCUUCAAAGGUACGAAGUGUCGAUGCCCGACGGGUGGGAAUUUCCAUCGAAGAAACACACGGAACAGUGUUUGUCGAUUGUUUCGCAUUUAAUUGAAAAGAACAUUUUAAAGCCAAAUGAAAGUCAAGAAGUGAUUGAGAGUGGUGCGGGGAGCGGGAUGUUAUCUGCGUAUUACAGUCUAUCCAAACGAAGUGCUCCUUCUAAGUUUUAUAUGGUGGACUGCAUGAAAGGAAUGAGAAAGAAAUACGACAGAUUCAUGAGGAGAUACGGCGAUACCGUCUUUCGCGUUCCCGCUGAUUUGCGAAACGUUGAUGGGCUUACACUUGUUCAAAGCCACGAACAAGCGUCUUGUCAUAGCACUAACAUCUGUGUGAUCGGAAAACACUUGUGUGGCUCUGCGACAGAUAUGGCUCUGCAAAUGGCUGUGAAAUGUAAAGAUCGAUUGGGAGGCAUUGGAAUUGCUUUGUGUUGCCAUGCCAAAGGGGAUGGCCAUUACGACUGUAUCGCAGACUUCUUUUUAAGUCGCGGAAUCAGUGUGAUCGAGUUAACUGCAAUACACAGACUGACUUCUUGGGCACUAACUGUCGAUAACUUAGACACCGAGUGGAAAAAGGAACAAGUUAUUGUAGCAGAGAUGUGUCGAAAUAUUAUUAAUGUUGCUCGAAUAGUCUGGUUGAAAAGUCAGAGUAAUAUCCAUCAAGCUGGUCUAGUUAAAUAUUGUAAGAAAAGUAUGAGUCCCGAGAAUGUGUUGUUAUGGGCGAAUUAA